AUGGAUAUCCAUAGAUGUCGAUUUGUGCCAUACAAUCCUCAAACGAUUAAUGCGCUGGCCUUUUCACAUCCUCCCUCAAACGAAAUCCAAGGACGCGGUUUUCCAACUCUAAGACUUGCUAUCGGGCGGGCAAACGGUGAUAUCGAGAUCUGGAAUCCCCUACGCGGUGUCUGGUUCCAGGAAUCAAUCCUUCGUGGAGGAAAAGAUCGCAGCAUCGAAGGGUUAGCAUGGACACUCGACCCAAGCGAAACUAUUGAUGGCAAGGAGGUAGCGGGAAAGCUGAGACUUUUCAGCAUUGGAUAUUCUAGUGUCGUGACGGAAUGGGAUUUGGCGUCAGGGCGACCAGCAAGACAUUCGAGUGGAAACUAUGGGGAGAUCUGGUGUCUAGCCGCCCAACCUCGAUGGAGACCACGGCGUAAGAAGGACGGAAAACCCGCUGCUCCAGCGGAGGAGGGGUAUACUGGACAACAUUUGGCAGUUGGGUGUGCUGAUGGUACAAUCGUGAUACUAUCCACCGAGGAUGGGGAUUUGACAUAUUUGAAAACCAUAAGGUCGUCGACGAAGCGUGCGAGGGUUCUCAGUAUUACAUUCCAGAAUCGCCAUACCGUCGUUGCUGGUUAUGCUGAUAGUUCUAUUCGAGUAUUUGAUAUACGGAACGGGAAUCUGCUACGAACAGUUUCUCUGGGCAAGGGCCAAGCGAAAGACACAAAGGAACUACUUGUCUGGUCUGUCAAGUGUUUACCAGAUGGCUCUAUUGUAUCUGGCGACUCGGCCGGCGAAGUUCGGGUCUAUGACGCAAAGAAUUAUUCACUGGUUCAAAGACUGCAAGGACACCAAGCAGACGUGUUGGAUGUCGCUGUUAGUGCAGAUGGAGAAUCCAUUGUCAGUGGAGGAGCAGACCAACGGACUGUUGUUUAUAGAUUGAAACGCCGUGAGAAACACAUGAAGACACGGAGAUGGGCAGAAGUAAUGCAUCGACGAUAUCAUACACAUGAUGUCAAAGCUCUUGCUGUUUUUGAGACUACUAACAUGAGCAUUGUUGUGUCUGGAGGCCUUGAUACGACCCCUGUCGUUCUUCCACUGAAAGAAUUUGGAAAGGAACACCAUCGAAAGCUACCCAAUCUACCACAGGUCCCUCAACUCGCUUCAUCGGGUACCUCUCGUCUUCUAAUGAGCUGGUGGGAUCGCGAGGUCAACAUUUGGCGUGUUGCAGGCUCUUUUAGAUCCGACACAGAACAGCAUAAACUUGUAGGGAAGGUUCUAUUCCAAGGCGACGAACACCUAACCUCUGCAGCCCUAUCACGAGAUGGGACAAUACUCGUCGCCGCUACCAUUUCGGAGGUUAGGGUGUUUACUUUGACACCCGAUGAAGUGGACGGUUUGCCGAGUCUACGGGUUCAUAAAGUAGACCUCCCUCCCCAACUGGCGGCGCAGGGCGCAAAGAAUGUUGCCAUAUCCCCCGAUUGCAACUGGUUAUGUAUAGUCCGACCCAGCAACGAUAUAUAUAUGGCAAAAAUUACCCGGGAUCGGGAAUCUGAAGAGAGUCUUCAGCUCUUACCGAAAUUACAGAGAAUGCCCCGCUUACCGAGGCAGGCACGCGCCGACAAACCUCUUCAUGGCACAUUAGGCCCAUAUGAGAGAACUGUGCGUUGCAUUUCAUUUUCAGGGGACAGUCAGAUCUUUGCUUGCGGUGAUCUCGCAGGAUUUGUGGAUGUUUGGCUCCUUCAAGACAACAAGGCCACCUCAGCCCCAAUAAAGGAUACUGAGAAUGUGGAAGCAUCUCCCUCAGACAAAGAUUCGGAUUCGGAUUCAGAUUCAGAUUCAGACGAUGAGGGCAGUUCGUUGGCAGGGGAGCGCUGGAAGCACGCACCUCUUGGAGCCAACCUCCCUCGCUUAAACUCUAGUGUGCUAUUGAUGUCAUUCCGCCCUGCCGUCCCAACUUCUUCUACUUUGGGAAAUAAACAGUCAUCUCUCAGUGACGCCGUCAAUUCAUCGGAGUCCAGUACUCCAGAUGACCGGUUGAUGGUGCUGACUGCUGAGCAUCAUUUAACCGAAUUCAAUGUACUGCAAGGGAAUCUGUCAGAUUGGUCUAGGAGGAACCCGAAAGCAUGUAUGCCUGCAGAAUUCACCAUUAUUAAAGAUAGAGCCAUGGGCGCCAUAUGGGACGUUGCAGGCGGCCGAAAUCGCCUUUGGUUGCAUGGUCCAGCUUGGCUGUGGAUGUUUGAUCUGUCUCAAGAUUAUCCUAGUGGGGAGGCACAGCGUAUACACCCGUCGCCACACAAAAGAAAGCGCCUGGAUUAUGAAGAACAGAGUAAUGGAUGUGAUAGGAAGAAGAAGAAGAUAAAUACUGGCGCAGGAGACAAAAUGAUACUCGGAGAAGCGAGUGUCGGCUUUGGAGGAACUGUCAAGAAAGUUGUAGGAGCAAACGGGACUGACGCGCAGCUGUUGUCCCUUGAGGAGAAAAAAUAUGGAAACGCGAAACCCGGAGACGGAGAUGAUUGGGAUGAUGAAGUUGAUGAGCUGACUCUCGCCAACGAAGCGACACUCGCGUCACUCCGAAGACAACAAUUCCCCAGUGGUAAUGAACAGACUCCAAACGGGGAUCAUAUACCAAACGGCGUAAAGGAUGAGAACCAGAUAGCAAAGCUAUCUACGCCAGAGCCAGAAUCUGAUCAUAACCCAGAAUCCCAACGCCAACGCCAAUGGUGGUCUAUCUUCAAAUACCGCGAUAUACUAGGAAUUGUACCUUUAAGUCACAAUUCUCCAUCGACGGAGAGCACAGAGCUAUCAGAGGCGGAGGACACAAGCUCGGUACCCCUGGAGGUUGUGGUAGUGGAAAGGCCGAUAUGGGAUGUCGAGCUUCCAGGCAGAUAUAUACGAGACUAUGAAUAG